GCUGUUACCGACAAGUCCGGUCGCCUAAUGGUGGUGGUACACGGACACUGUACCUGGACAAAGACUGUUCGAUGGCCGAUGUUAAAACUAUCGCUGUAAACCAAUUUUUUCCUGAGGGAAAAUCAAAACUUGGGCACGUGGCAGAUUUUGACAUAGAAUUAUGUGACUUUAAAGGGGAUCAUUUAGAACCAACCUCAACAUUAGAAUACGUAUACAAAUCCACUAAUUUGAGAAUAGUCAAAGUGCAUUUAUACACAAAAAAGAACGAAACAGAUAUGUCAACUGGUGCCUCAGCUACUAUGCAGAUUGAAACACAAAUGUCAAUUGAUGCCCCAGCUGCCACACAGAUUCAAACACAAAGGUCAACUGAUGCCCCAGCUACCACAGUGAUUGGAACACAAAGGUCAACUGAUGCCCCAGCUACCACACAGAUUGGAACACAAAGGUCAACUGAUGCCCCAGCUACUACGCAGAUUGGAACACAAAGGUCAACUGAUGUCCAAGCUACCACGCAGAAUGUAACACAUACGCCAGCUGAUAUCAGUACUACAACGGUGUCUGCUAUUGUUGAGGAGCAAGAACUCCAGCCGGAUACUGGAAGCCCAGAUCUCGAGAUUACUUUUCACCCACUGCAUAUCAGCCGGUUGUCGAGAACACGUGCUGCUGUCCAACCAAGUUUAAGUAUAUGUUUUUGGAGAUGAAGGUUAUCAACGGCAAAAAUAAAUCUGAUUGAUAGCAGCGAUGACGAAGGCAUUCAAACAGCGAUUGAGGCCAGUCUCAACGAAAAUUUGGAGUUUCAAGAACUACAUCCGGUUCAGAAGAAGACAGUACAAAAAGUAAAGAGGAAAUUCUGCUUGAACUAAAUUCUGUGGUAGACCGGUCGCGAAAGAAGAAUAUGGUGAACGUGACACGCGAGAAUGUCAUUGAAGGCGCCAUACGAGCUUUCCUGAGACGCAGUUUUGACCCUUGCGCAGACCUGCAUGUAAAAUUUGGAGGCGAGGACGGCAUUGAUGACGGACGGUUGACCAGGGAGUUCAUGAGGUUAUUGAAAAAAGAAAUGAGACAGCAACCAAUAUUUGUUGGGAAAGAUGGAUUCAAGAUGCUCGCUCUACACGCUCCAUAUUGCUGCAUCAACGACUUCAAACGAGUUUUUCGAGGCAGUCGAACCUCUAGAGAACAUAAUACGCGUUUCUGGAAAUGGAUCUCUGGCUGGGAGACACGACAGGAAAGAUCAGCUCCUGGAGGCACUGUGCAGAUUCCUAGUUAUUGAAAAUCUUAAACCUGCAUAUGAUCAAUUUUCGGAAGGCCUCAGAACAUUGGGUCUUUUUUCAGCCAUUGAGAAAGAUAGCCUUACCCUGGAGCCAUUCUUUAUCCACCAGGAUAAGACCCUAACCGCUGAGGAUAUGUUCUCACUCUACCGGCGGACCUUAUCAAGUGAAGACGGCAGCAACAGGAAAAAGAAAGAGGAUGAGACAGUCUCCUGGUGGAGAGACAUGGUGCUAGACAUGGAAGAUGAGGGAACUCUACCAGCGCUUCUAUCUUUCCUGACAGGACUGGACGAAAUACCGCCGCUGGGCUUCGAAUAUGAAGGGUCGAUCUCAUUCCGGCAUUCGGCGGAACUCUCGCGGUGAGUCGCCGGACGACUCCACGCGGGAGUUCCCGCUCAUAAACACAUGUAGUUUAGAACUGCGGUUUCCUAUUCUGUACUCGAACGAUUUAUUUGUCCAGAGAUUCAAAUCUGCUAUGACAGUAGAAACUUUCACUUUGUAUUAAUAGCAGAAUGCAAAUUUCACCUUCCUAUCGCUUAUAUCUACCAGGUAAUAGCCAAAGCGACAUAUGUAUGUCACUGGUAGUCGACGUCUGAGGACGUCAAAAGACGGCCUCGGAUAGUUAUUUUGUUGAUAUUAUUUUAUCGUUAAGAUGGUAGGCAAAUCUGAAGUUGCAUGUUACUCAUAGUCUGUUUCCGAGUUUGUUUUCAAGUUUUCUUCAUAUUCAAGCAUACUGUAAAUCAAAUUUAAUACACUAUUUUCCUACAAUAGCGCAUAUUGAAAAUCUGUCGAGUGUUUAAAAAUUAUCGGUCUGUUUCAGAAAAUUUGUUGCUAUGGCAACAGUUUUGAGUGUAAUAACGUAAAUUCACAUAACUUCUUAAAUCUAUAAUGUGAACAAUUUUUUUUGCAGACCUGGAACACUAAAUGUUUCUUUCAGUCCUUAAUCUUCUUUUAACUAUGCAAUUGGUGAAUGUUUGGAAGUUUUAAUUUGUAUAUGUGCAUAAUCAUACGUUUUUAGUUCAGAAAAAUGUUUUUAUUACAAUUUUCAUCCUUCACUGUGAUUAACAUGUUCAAUCUUACACCAUUCCAAUAAUAUAACUAGCAUUUUAGGCCGAUGCAGCAGGAAGUUGCUUCAUGAUUGUUUUAUUGUUUACCAAAUUUAAUUUUAACGUUUGUUAUGUAGUUUCGUAGAAGUUUGUUAUGUCAAGUAUUUCAGCAGUUAGGAAUUAAUUCCAACAAGAAGGCAUUUUAUUCUAAAAUGCAUCAUUUUU